UUUGCUAGUGGUUCAGUUUCUCGUUGAGAAUUGCAGAGACAUGGAUUUACAUCGAUGGCUUUGAGUUCGGUUUCAGCGAAACGAAGCGUUCGUUUAAGUGCUGUUCUGAGUCAGGAAUUGAAAGCUUUCGAAGUUAAAUAGUAUGGAGUCAGAAUCUGAAAAUGUGAAUCGACUUGAGCUUGGAGCACAAAACAUUCCAGUUUCCGCAGUCUCUUCUCAACCUUGGUGGCGGUAUAAUGCUGUCCCACCAACUACAGUAGCAGAGAAUGCAUCAAAAUCACGUUCAAUGGAUGAUAUAAAUAGUGGGUUGGUGAGCAAAGCAAGGCAAUCACAAACCAAUGCUGUGCCGGAGAAGGAAGCCAAUGUUAGUAAAGAAACACAGACUUCUAUGGCACCACCAUCUGGUUCAGAUGGAAUUCCUCCAACAAUUGGUGAAUGCCUUGUACCACAUACCCAACUUGAACUUGUUGGUCAUUCAGUUGCUUGUGCUCCCUUUGCAUAUUCCGAUCCGUAUUAUGGGGGAGUAGUUACUGCGUACGGAGCUCAGGCUUUGGCACAUUCUCAUUUGGUUGGAAUGCAUCACAGCAGAAUGCCUUUACCCCUGGAAAUGGCAGAGGAGCCUGUUUACGUGAAUGCCAAGCAGUACCAUGGAAUUUUAAGGCGGAGACAAUCACGUGCAAAGGCUGAACUAGAAAAGAAACUGAUAAAAGCUAGAAAGGUAGAUAAACCUUACCUUCAUGAAUCUCGGCACCAGCAUGCUAUGAGAAGAGCAAGAGGUUGUGGAGGCCGUUUUCUCAAUACAAAGAAACUUGACAAUAAUGGCUCUAAGUCCACACCUGAGAAGGGUGCAAGUUUUGGUGCAGCCCCUUAUACCCAGUCAGGGAGUUCAUCCGGUUCUGAAGCAUUGCCAUCUGAGUCAACUGCUAACAUAUGUUCUUCUAAUAAUCAAAAAGAAGUAAAGGGGCCUUUGGAUCAGGAAAUGUACUCCAAUGGCAGUGGCUGCUACCAACAUCAUCAGGGCUUCUCGCUGUCUAAAUUUCAUUCGCUCACAGAGGAAAGGGGGGAGGAAGGAGACUGCUCGGGCCAGCAGCGGGGAAGCAUAACGGUGAAUCAGGCCCCAAACAGGGUCCUCACCAUCCAAUGAGCACCCACUUGUGUGGGCUCCAAGGGUCUCCUCCAGUAUCAUUAUAUAUGUCCCAUCACUGCUAUCUUUAAAACUGGUCUAGUACUUUGGUCAUUUGCAUCUUUGUUGGUGUGAAAGGUGUUCGUGUUCGACAGAGAUGUCUUCAACAUGUUACCUUGGACCGAACAUGGGAGAAAUGGUAGGAAGGUGAUACCGGAGGCACAAAGGCCCAUCCGACCCGAGAGAUGGGAGAGGGAAACCCCUGUUUAUCUGGUGUUUGUACGGCAAUUCAUUCUUGGCUUGGUUGUGUGUUUUUAGGGGAAGAAAAGGGCCAGGGAAAUAUGGUAGCUUUGUGGUUU